GUUCGAACGUAGAUUAGUAUUUUUAGUAUAGAAUGGUUGUAGUUUGUGUUUUUGUAUAUUGUUGAGGAAGUAAUUGACGCGGUUACAAAUGUCUGACUUUGAGGAGCAAUUCCAGGCGUUCCUGCGUGAGCCACUGUCGUCAGAGGAAUCAUCAGGAGCAGGACCGAGCACAAAGGAAGAUGUUCAGCCAACUCAAGCAAAUCGAAAAUUUUUCUGGAUGAAGACCAGAGCACUUGAAGAUGUGGAAGGAAAGGACUACAGUGAUGGAGAGAGGGAAAAGCAGAAGGCAGAGCAGCAGGAAGGAGAUAUGUCGGGGGACCUGGUGAGGCCAAACAUCCGGCUCAAGGUGCCAGGCUCGGAGGCUGCAGCAGGGCCCGAGGCGGCUGGGGCCCGCACUACGCUGCAGCUGAACCUGGACCUCCUUCCGCGCUCACCAGAGGCGUCCUCCUCCACAGCAGACUUUGUCAGGAAGGAGCAAAUGUUCCAGGAGCAAGGAGGGGGAGGAGGAGAGGACGAAGACGGAGAAGACAAUGUGGAAGCUGCGGAGGCAGACGGAGAUGAGACGGAUGAGGAGAUCAGCAGCAUCCUCGAGGAGAUGAGCCGCCUGGCCAGCAGCAGUGGGCUCUCGCAUGAAGCUGGAAUGGAAGACAGAAGUGUGGAAGAAAUUUUGAAAGAGGCAGAAGAAGUUGUCCGUGAGAGCUCUCAGACAUUUGAGCAGCUUGCUCAUGCAUCAUCAAGAACUAGCUUCAAGUCUCUCACAUCAGACUCUGAGAGUUGUGAAGUUGUGCCUUCAGAUAUUUCUUCACCAUCGAGUCACAGUGCUAGUAAGUCAAGAGAACAUUGUAAGAAAGUUUCUCAGAUUCCCUCCAGUAAGAAUACUUUUAAUGAAUUUAGACAGCCCUCUGUGAUAUCUUCAAAAUCCUUUAUGUCAGAUAUUUCUUCCUUAUCUGAAAGUAAUGAAAAAGUUGACAGCAGAUUAAAGAAAACUGUUAGUAUGCCUUCAGAUGUACAUUCUUCAGUUUCCCUUGGUCCCACCAAGGUAACUGGAUUACCAGACAGAUCUGAUACUGAAAACUUUACUACAUUAUGA